AUGUCUGCACCACCGAAACGAAGCCGGCUUGUGACGGGAUGUCAGCGGUGUCGGGUUCGGCAUCUAAAAUGUGAUAUUCAUUCGCAAGCUUGCAGACAUUGCCUCAGUGCUGGAUUUGAAUGCGAUCGAACGGCGAUAAGAUUUCGCAAUGGGCUGGCAUUACCCAAAAACCCGGAUGUUGCAUUCCCCGACCAAAAGGAUUGGCCUCGAAUUCACGGGAGAGUCCGUUUCCACGAUGAGACACCGGAAAUUGUCAGCCUGUAUUUGAGUUCUUCAGAAGAUGCCAAUCAUCACUGGAAUCACGAGGUAGAGAGAAGUGCAAGUCCAAAGCAGAGAGCGCCCUCCACCCAAGCGAAUUUACACACACCCCAACCCGUUCCCAAAGAUGGCGUAUACCUUUCGCCACAUAACUCCAUUGAUCUCUCACCCCCUGGCGCUUCCUACCACUCCGCUGCAUCUACCAGAUCGCGGGCUAGCUCAAAACCAUUACAACCGUUCACCGAACGGGAAUCAAUAUUGCUAAGGAAUUUUGUUGAGAACAUGGCCUUAUGGGCUGAUAUCACCGAUCCCCAUCGACAUUUUGAAAUUGACGUACCUGUGAAAGCAUUCAAAGAGCCCGUUUUGCGCUAUGCAAUCUUCGCGUUCUCAUCGCGGCACUUGAAUAGACAAGAGACGGGUAAUGUUGAAGAGGCAUUGGAGUACCAUAACCGUUGUGUGCAGAUCCUCAUCCCGGCACUUUCUGAUCCGGAAGAGCACAUUACAGAGGACAUUUUGGCUGCAGUAGCUAUUCUCCGCCAGCAUGAGGAGAUGGAUGGGGAGGACAAUCAGUUCCAUCUUACGGGGACAACUCACAUUCUCAAUACCGUCUCUACCUUCGGGUCACUGGGUAGUCUCGGUGAAGCAGCGGCGUGGCUUUGUCUACGUCAAGACAUAUAUGUAUCAUUAACAACUCAACAACCCCUUCGAACCAAUUUAGAAAACUUCUACGAUUCGGACAUUUUCCAACGGGAUGAUGAUUUUGCAUGGGCCAGCAAAAUGGUAUUCUUACUUGCCAAAGUGUUACAGAUUGCAUUUUCCGACUCGCCAGUACUUGACACUAUCAACGAGGAUGUUGAAGAAUGGUUUCGCUCUAAGCCACAUACCUUCAAUCCACUUCGAACUGUCUCGCGUGCACCUACCCUCGAUCGGCGUUUCCCAACUAUUUGGAUGUUGUUUCCUGUUCAUGUGAUUGGCCUGCAAUAUUAUCACAUCGCAAAGAUUGUUUUAGCUCUAUCCGAAUCGUCGCAGCCGUCAUCUGCAUAUGAUAGUUUGCGGCAUUCCCGAAUGAUUGAAAUAAAUGUUCGACAUCAUCUCCUCACAAUUCUAGGACUGGCUCAGUCAAAUACUCGAGCUGAAAACACCCUCUUUACUGCAAGGCACAGCUUAGUCGCAUGGGGUUGGGUGCUUCGGCAUCGUAGUGAUCAGGAAGCAGCGGAGGCUCUUUUACAUGAUAUGCAUGCAACGACGGGAUGGAAUAUGGAUGGCUUGAUUCAAUCAUUGCGAGGACAGUGGCAAGAUGAGGCAGAUAUCAACGAAUGA